CCUCACGGCGCCCUGUACCCCUGCCCCUACCCACAGUGACUUGGCUGGCCCGGGCAUGGCGGACCCAGUGGCGGGCAUUGCCGGCUCAGCAGCCAAGAGCGUCCGGCCGUUCCGUUCAAGUGAGGCCUACGUGGAAGCCAUGAAGGAGGACCUGGCCGAGUGGCUUAACGCCCUGUAUGGCCUGGGUUUGCCCGGUGGCGAAGGCUUCCUGAGCGGGCUGGCCACAGGCACCACCCUGUGCCAACAUGCCAACGCUGUCACUGAGGCCGCCCGGGCUCUGGCUGCUGCCCGACCGGCCCGAGGUGUGGCCUUCCAGGCGCACAGCGUGGCCCCGGGCUCCUUCAUGGCCCGCGACAAUGUGGCCACCUUCAUCGGCUGGUGCCGCUCAGAGCUGGGAGUGCCCGAGGUGCUCAUGUUCGAGACUGAGGACCUGGUGCUGCGUAAGAACGAGAAGAGCGUUGUGCUGUGCCUACUGGAGGUGGCCCGGCGGGUGGAGGUCGCCGGGCGCGGGGCCCGCCUCGGCCUGCUCGCCCCCCGCCUCGUGCAGUUCGAGCAGGAGAUCGAGCGAGAGCUGCGGGCCACACCUCCAGCCGCCAACACCCGCACUGCUGGGGAGGACCCCGUGGAAACCACGACGGCUCCAGGGGCUCCCAGCCGUGGGCCCCGCAUGACACCCAGCGACCUGCGCAACCUGGAUGAGCUGGUGAGGGAGAUCCUGGGCCGGUGCACCUGCCCAGACCAGUUCCCCAUGAUCAAGGUCUCCGAGGGCAAGUACCGCGUGGGAGACUCCAGCCUGCUCAUCUUCGUGCGGGUGCUCAGGAGCCACGUGAUGGUGCGCGUGGGCGGCGGCUGGGACACUCUGGAGCACUACCUGGACAAGCACGACCCUUGCCGCUGCUCCUCCUCUGCCCACCGCCCGCCCCAGUCCAGGACUCGCACCUUUUCCCCCCAGAGGGUGUCACCUGCCCCCAGCCCGAGACCAAGCAGCCCAGUCCCAGGGAGCGAGCGGCGGGGCUCCCGGCCAGAGGUGACUCCCCUUAGCUUACGAGGCACAAAGGAGGGGCCUGAGACCCCGCUCAGGCCCCGGGAGCAGCUGCCCCCCCACCCCCGCUCUCGGCGUUACUCCGGGGACAGUGACUCCUCAGCCUCCUCCCCGCAGCAGGAGCAGCAGCUGUUCCGGCGCCUGGAGGAGGAGUUUCUGGCCAAUGCCCGAGCCCUCGAGGCAGCUGCUAGCGGGACCCCCACUGGACCAGCCCCUGACCCAGCUCGCGCCCCGGACGCCCCAGCUCCCGACUCAGCCUACUGUUCCUCCAGUUCUUCCUCGUCGUCCCUCAGCGUCCUGGGCGGCAAGUGUGGCCAACCUGGGGACUCUGGCCGGACAGCCAACGGGCUGCCCGGGCCCCGCAGCCAAGCCCUGUCCAGCUCUUCUGACGAAGGCAGCCCCUGCCCCGGCUCGGGGCCCCUACCAGAUGGACCUGGUGCAGAACUCUCGCGGGCCUGGGCACGGGGUCGGAUGGACACGCAGCCAGACCAUAAGCCCUCACGCAUCCCCACGCCUCGGGGCCCGCGCCGCCCAUCGGGACCCACGGAGCUCGGGGCCUGGCAUGCCCUGCACUCCGUCACCCCACGGGCUGAGCCAGAUCCCUGGAUGUGAUGGCACCAGCCCGGCUGCCCCCAGCCCCCACUCCUUCUCCCUUUCCUUUGUGGCCUUAACCCCCUCUGCAUCAGGGAGCCCCCUCCGCCUCUUGAGUACCAGACCUCAUGGGACCAGACCCCUUGGGACCACACGGCACAGUGAGACCUCCGUUGUACAUUCCGGCUGGGGGAUGAGCGUUGCUAUUUAAUUACUAAUAUUAUUGAAUGCCUUAGAGGAGGCCGGGCCAGCCCGGCGUCCAGAGGACCUGUAGCCCAGCAGAGCCUCUGACAGUAAAGUUUUGCUCCAGC